AUGUCAGCGCCAAACGGAAUGUAUUAUAGUUUAUUGGAGUGGUUCAAGACGCUUAACUUGAAUGCGCCGCAUGCAAACGCCGAGGAAUUAGCAGAUGGAGUUGCACUUGCUCAGGCUUUGCAUCAGUUCGCACCAGAAACUUUCACAGAUUCGUGGCUAUCUAAAAUCAAAGCAAGCGCUGGCAAUUGGCGUUUGCGUAUGAGUAAUCUAAGAAAAGUUGUCGAUGGUGUCUAUGAGUAUUAUAAUGAUGUGCUUAACUAUACGCUACAACAAGAUUUUGUGCGACCGGAUGUGCAGGCCAUAGCUGAAAAAUGUGACCUCAACGAGCUGGAGCGCCUGUUGCAGCUCGUGUUGGGCUGCGCUGUCAACUGUUCCAAGAAGCAGUCGUACAUAUGUGAGAUUAUGUGUCUGGAGGAGGAACUGCAGGCGAAUAUUAUGCGCGCAUUGCAAGAGCUUGAAUCAUCGACACGCCAGACCUCUGAAGGAGGCGUGGUCAGUUCGCUUUCACGCAAUUCGCUGAGCGGCAUGCUCGACGGCAAUGCCAAGACAAUGCAAUUGCAGCUGCAAGAUGAACGCGAUGCCAUGGCACAAAAAUGCUUUGAAACUGAAAAGAAAAUGCUGCUGCUCAUUGAUGAGAAGACUAAUCUGCAACAGGAGCUACAAAAAGUGCAGCAGGAAUUUGCAAAGCUGGAGCUGAACACAAUUGGCGAUGAUGGUGUCUCAAUAGGACCUAUACAAGUGGGUUCUGUGCGUUAUAAUGAGCUGAGGCGUCAACUGGAGUUAAUAAAGGAGGAACUCAUACAGUCAGAAGGAACGCGUGAAGAUCUGAAAAUAAAAACGCAACAACAGGAAGCUGACUUAUUGCACAUGCAACAGCGCAUUGAUGAGCUUAUGAAAUCCACUGCUGAGCUUACAACGCUUAAAGAUGAAGUCGAUGUGCUACGCGAAUCAAAUGAGAAGCUCAAAAUAUAUGAGGCACAGCUGGACACAUACAAAAAGAAGCUCGAGGACUAUAACGACUUGAAAAAACACGUUAAGAUGCUCGAGGAACGUAGCGCCGACUAUGUACAACAAAAUGCACAAUUUGAGGAGGAUGCUAAGCGUUAUGCCAACACCAAAGGACAAAUUGAGCUGUUCAAGAAGGAAAUACAAGAUUUGCAUGCCAAACUGGACGUUGAGAGCAGCAAAAAUGUCAAGCUAGAGUUUGAUAACAAAAAUUUGGAAAGCAAAAAUGUUGCAUUGCAACGAGCCAAGGAUAGUUUGCUCAAGGAACGCGAUGAAGCCGUUGAAGCAUUCGAUGAACUCAAGUGUGGACAGCUGUCAACGAAUUCUGGUAGCCUAAGCGGCACUACAGUGUCACGUGAAUUGCAGCCCACAGCUAUGAUGGAGAAGAUACAACGUCUGGAAGCUGAGAACAAAGCGCUGAGAGAGGGACAAGGCGGUCAAACAGCUUUAGCGCAAUUGCUGGACGAUGCUAAUAAACGCUGCGAGAAUCUGCGUGAGCAACUGAAGACUGCGAAUGAACGUAUCCUCUCCUUAUCCCAUGCGUCUCAAAGUGAUAAUCCCAUAUUGAAGGAAAGUGAAUUCAGCAAACAGCUCAAACAGUUAAUGGAACUUAAUGAACAGAAAACGCUACAAAUCGAAGAAACUUCCGAAAAGUUGUCUACAAUGCAGUGCAAAGUAACUCAACUGGAAAGCACAUUGGCCACAAGGGAUCAAGAGGUCUUGGCUUACGAAAACAAAUAUCGCAAGUGCGUGGAGAAGGCGAAGGAAGUCAUCAAGAGCAUAGAUCCGCGCAUAGCAAAUGUAAUCGAUGCGGGUCCGUUGGAGAAGAGCUUUGAUGCUGUGGAGGAAGAAUCGAAGGCUAAGCUAAGCACCAUGGAGGAGCAACUGAUGACCACAGCGUUUUAUAGAUUAGGUGUUAACGCGGUAGACUCGAAAUUGGCCUUAUUAAUGGGCUCGGGACAGACAUUCCUGGCACGCCAAAGACAAUCGGCGCCACGCAAAUCUUUAACAAGCAUGAAAUCAAAGUAAUCUACGUUGUCUUUUACAGUUAAUGUUGUUAAAAUGCACGUUUUAAAUAUUUAUA